GUUGUAGAAUUUCCAAUCUUGUCUUGAACGCAACUCAGAAGUUACGUGAUGACGUCAUGUCCGUACGUCGCUCCCACUCUCGGACGUCUCCUGCAUCUUCGGCGAGCUAAGUUGCUAAGUGCUAGCUAAGUCGCUAAGUGCUGCACGAGCGGACAUCACAAACAUCAGCAGACUUUGGUAGGAGGAAACAACAACAACAACAACAACAACAUUCUCUCGGGUGUCCGCGUCGGGCCGUCGGCAUGGCUCUGCAAGGCCCGCAGGAGCUCGGGGAGCCGGUGGAAGAGCCGGAGGAUGUGGACGACAACGACGCUAGUAGUGUCUCACCGGCCGAGGAGAUGACGCUGCCAGCCGGGCCUGGGGGCGACGAGGAGCCGGCGGGGACCGUGCUGCUGCCCUGGGACCGCUUCUCGGCCUGGCUGCACUGCAUCUGCGUGGUGGGCUUCGACCUGGAGCUGGGACAGGCUGUGGAGGUUAUUUACCCACAUCAUUCCAAACUGUCAGAGAAGGAGAAAACGAGCAUUUGUUACCUUUCCUUUCCCGACUCCAACUCAGGUUGCCUCGGUGACACCCAGUUUUGCUUUCGCUUUCGCCAGGGUUCCAACAGAAAGUCGUCUCUGGGCUGCUUCCUGGAAACCAGCGACAGGGACGCGCCGCCCUGCCUUAAGCGGGAGCAGGGCCAUUAUUACGGCUACGUUUAUUUCCGUCAGGUGCGGGACAAGUCGCUGAAGAGAGGAUACUUCCAGAAGUCUCUGGUCCUGAUCAGUAAGCUGCCCUAUGUGACAUUCUUCCACUCCCUGUUGAAGAUCAUGGCUCCAGAAUAUUUUGAGAAACAGGAACCGUGUCUGGAGGCCGCCUGUAACGACAUCGACCGUUGGCCGACACCUCACCCUGGAAGAAUCCUCACGCUGCCGAUUAUGGGCGUGGUCAUCAGGGUGCGCAUCCCCACCUGUUACGACAAACCCGGAACGACACAGUUGGUCCAGUCUGCUCAGAGUGACAGUCUGGUGUCCAUUGUGCUGCCCACCAUCCAUGAAGUGGACCUCUUCAGAUGUUUCUUUCCAGUCUUCUUCCACAUCCAGAUGCUGUGGGAGCUGGUGUUGCUGGGAGAAGCACUCGUUGUCAUGGCGCCAUCUCCGGCCGAGUCCUCGGACACCGUACUGGCGCUUGCCAGCUGCAUCUCUCCUCUUCGUUACUGCAGCGACUUCCGGCCUUACUUCACCAUCCACGACAACGAGUUUAAGGAGUACACCACCAGGACGCAGGCUCCGCCCUCCGUCAUCCUGGGGGUGACAAACCCCUUCUUCGCUAAAACGCUGCAGCAUUGGCCGCACAUUAUUCGCAUUGGCGACAUGAAGCAAGCAGGAGAGAUGGCCAAGCAGAUGAAAGUCAAGAAGCUGAAGAACCUGAAAACUCUUGACUCUAAACCCGGUGUCUACACUGCUUACAAGCCUUAUCUCAACAAAGAUGAGGAAAUUAUCAAGCAGCUCCAGAAGGGUGUUCAGCAGAAGAGACCCUCUGCAGCCCAGAAUGCGAUCCUGCGACGGUACUUUCUAGAACUGACGCAGAGCUUCAUCAUUCCCUUGGAGCGCUACGUCGCCAGUCUCAUGCCGCUCCAGAAGUCCAUCAGCCCGUGGAAGAGUCCUCCUCAGCUGCGACCGUUCGUCCAGCAGGACUUCAUGAAGACUCUGGAGAAGGCGGGACCGCAGCUCACGUCCAGGCUCAAGGGGGACUGGAUUGGACUGUACAGGCACUUCCUCAAAUCCCCCAACUUUGACGGCUGGUUCCGCAACAGGAGGAAGGAGAUGACCCAGAAGCUGGAGGCCCUGCACCUGGAGGCGUUGAGCGAGGAGGACCUGCAGGAGAGAGUCCAGAAGCACUCGGAGGUGGAGACGGUGGAUCUGAUCUUGAAGUUGAAAGAUAAACUGAGCCAGGCGGAGAGGGAGCGUCUGCCCGUGCGACCCGGCACCGUGGCCCAGCUGAGAGCUCACAUGGAGGGCAUCAUCUUGUCCUUGCCAGAGGACCUGCAGGGCAUCCUCCACAAGCCCUCCACGCCGUGACCUUUGACCCACCACCACCACCACACCUCUCCACAGGUGCGGCCUCCUUGUUCUCGGAACGACGUGGAAACGGCACAUUUCAUUCCCACUGAACAGGCCCCUGAUCCCGCGUGACCACCACGUGACCACCGCGUGACCACCGCGUGACCACCACGUGACCACCACGUGACGGCAACUCGAGAGGCUGGACCUCCUCGCAACAAAAGGAAGACGUGUGGGUCAGAACUUUUGCUUACUUGCAAUGUUUUUAACCACUUUUUGUUUGUAUUUUUGUUUUGUACUUUUUUUAA